AUGGUUCUCGAUUUUGAAGCCACCUGCAUUGGUCGUGGUCGUGUUCAGUGUCAGGAGAUAAUUGAAUUCCCCGUCCUUCUACUGGAGGCGGAGAGGUGUCGUGAAAUUGACCGUUUUCAUCGCUAUGUACGGCCAAUUGUUAAUCCUCAACUCUCCGACUUUUGCACUAAGUUGACUGGAAUAAUUCAGGACAUGGUGGAUUCUCAGCCCACCUUUCCUACCGUCAUGAAGGAAUUCGAGGAUUGGGUGGACAGUCACUUUUCAAGCGAUGAGGAGAAGUCAACUUUUGCCCUUGUCACUUGUGGAGACUGGGAUUUGCGUUUUAUGUUGCCACAUCAGGCCGCACUGUCCAAUCGCCAGAUUCCGUCUUACUGUCGACGCUGGGUGGAUGUAAAGAAGGCAAGCCUUUCAAUAUUAUCACCUCUUGCCUAUGCUGAAUACACUGGUCGACAUGUUGAUGGAAUUGUGCCAAUGUUGAGGUGUCUGAACCUUCCCCACGAGGGUCGACUUCACAGUGGCAUAGACGACUGUCAAAAUAUUGCCAAGAUCCUGCAGUUUCUUGUUGCGGAAAAGGCUACUCUUCGAUACUCUCAGUAG